AUGAGUUAUAUACAUACCAGCCAGAACACAGCUAUCCACCCUAGCAUCGCUAUCCACCCAUUUAGCAUCGCUAUCCACCCUAGCAUCGCUAUCCACCCUAGCAUCGCUAUCCACCCAUUUAGCAUCGCUAUCCACCCUAGCAUCGCUAUCCACCCAUUUAGCAUCGCUAUCCACCCAUUUAGCAUCGCUAUCCACCCUAGAAUCGCUAUCCACCCUAGCGUCGCUAUCCACCCUAGCAUCGCUAUCCACCCUAGCAUCGCUAUCCACCCUAGCAUCGCUAUCCACCCAUUUAGCAUCACUAUCCACCCUAGCAUCGCUAUCCACCCUAGCAUCGCUAUCCACCCAUUUAGCAUCGAUAUCCACCCUAGCAUCGCUAUCAACCCUAGCAUCGCUAUCCACCCAUUUAGCAUCGCUAUCCACCCUAGCAUCGCUAUCCACCCUAGCAUCGCUAUCAUCACUAGCAUCGCUAUCCACCCUAGCAUCGCUAUCCACCCUAGCGUCGCUAUCCACCCUAGCAUCGCUAUCCACCCUAGCAUCGCUAUCCACCCAUUUAGCAUCACUAUCCACCGUAGCAUCGCUAUCCACCCUAGCAUCGCUAUCCACCCAUUUAGCAUCGAUAUCCACCCUAGCAUCGCUAUCAACCCUAGCAUCGCUAUCCACCCAUUUAGCAUCGCUAUCCACCCUAGCAUCGCUAUCCACCCUAGCAUCGCUAUCCACCCAUUUAACAUCACUAUCCACCCUAGCAUCACUAUCCACCCUAGCGUCGCUAUCCACCCUAGCAUCGCUAUCCACCCUAGCAUCGCUAUCCACCCAUUUAGCGUCGCUAUCCACCCUAGCAUCGCUAUCCACCCAUUUAGCAUCGCUAUCCACCCAUUUAGCAUCGCUAUCCACCCUAGCAUCGCUAUCCACCCUAGCAUCGCUAUCCACCCUAGCAUCGCUAUCCACCCUAGCAUCGCUUCACACUGA